UGUGGCGUCAGUCCCUCCGCGCAGAUCCCGGAUGGAGCGGCCAUUGGGCGGAAGUGAACAGAGGUGCACAAUAACUGCGGGCUGGGAAGAGGAAAAAAAUAUAUAUACACACUUUGAAAUUAAUUUACAGCAUUGUGACAGCAUUGGAUUAAACCUCAAACCCGCAGAGCCUCUAAUACUCUCGGAAUCAUCCUCAGGCUGGACUUUUAGUGCGCUCGAGAGGACCGGAUCGCCAGAAUCAAGUCGUGGAACUUGCUGAAAAAAAGCGCAGUUCAGCCUGCACGGAGCCGAGAGGAACCCACGGGCUUCGGGUUACGCCGUGCACCUUCGCUGCUGGUUCAGUUUUUCUUUGCAAGACUCUUGCUGAAUCUAAAGAGGCCCUCUUGAUGAAUUAUGUCUACCACCAGUAUUGACCCACAGACAUCCAAAGGGCAAGACGCUAAAGUGCAAAAUGGCUCUCUCCAUCAGAAGGAAACGGUCCACGACAAUGACUUUGAACCAUACCUCACUGGCCAGUCUAAUCCGAAUAACAGUUACCAAUCCAUGACCGACCCAUACCUGUCUAGCUACUAUGCCCCCUCGAUUGGGUUCCCGUACCCCCUCAGCGAGGCACCCUGGUCCACCGGCGGAGACCCGCCGAUCCCGUACCUCACUCCGUACGCCCCUCUUAGCAAUGGAGACCAUCACUUCAUGCAUGACACUGUGUUUGGACAGCCUGGGGGUCUGGGCAGUAGCAUCUAUCCACACCGCUUUAACUUUUUCCCUGAAAAUCCCGCGUUUUCCGCCUGGGGUACGAGCGGCUCCCAGGGUCAGCAGACUCAGAGUUCUGCAUACGGGGGCAGUUACAGUUACCCACCUAGUUCUUUAGGUGGCACACUAGUGCCUGAUGGGCAGACGGGCUUCCCCAGCGACACCUUGAAUAAGGCGCCAGGUAUGAAUAGCUUAGAGCAGGGCAUGGUGGGGCUGAAGAUUGGCGGCGACGUGACUGGAGGUGGUUCUGGAGUGAAGACGGUGGGCUCUGUUAUCGGAGGUGGGCCAGUGGCGGCGGUGGCCACGGGUAAUGGUGGUACUCCUAUCGGGCUGCCGCCCAACAAACCCACGUCCUGGGCAGCCAUCGCAAGCAAACCAGCCAAGCCUCAGCAGCUGAAGAUAAAGAGCAAGCCAGGGAUGCCCAUGGCUGGAGGCACCCUGCCCCCGCCGCCCAUCAAACACAACAUGGACAUUGGCACUUGGGAUAAUAAGGGGCCUGUGACUAAAGUGGCCUCGCCACUACCGCCCCACCACCAGCAGCCUCCCCUCCACUCCCAGGGUCACCUACCACCUCACCCUCACGGGCUGCCGCCCCCACCUCAGCCCCCCAUGCCUUCCCAUGCCCAAUCGCUUGCCCAGCAGAUGGCGAUGCAGGGUCCGCCCCCUCCACAGCCUUACCAGAACCACAACCCUGCUCCUCCCCCUCAAACCCGGUGGGUUGCCCCGCGUAACCGCAACCCCGGGUAUGGCGGGGGUGGCAGCGUGGACAGCAGCGGCUCCUCGAGCGGCGGAGGGAUCGGCAACGGCGGCGGAGGCGGCCUCCCAGGCUCUGGUGGCGGCGAGUCCCAUCCGGUCCUGGAAAAGCUGCGUGCGGCGCACAGCUACAACCCCAAGGACUUCGACUGGAACCUGAAAAACGGCCGGGUGUUCAUCAUUAAGAGCUACUCUGAGGACGACAUCCACCGCUCCAUCAAGUACUCCAUCUGGUGCAGCACGGAACAUGGUAACAAGCGGCUAGAUUCUGCCUUUCGGGCCAUCAACGGCAAAGGUCCCGUCUACCUGCUUUUCAGCGUCAAUGGCAGCGGACACUUCUGCGGCGUGGCGGAGAUGCGCUCGCCUGUAGACUACGGCACCAGCGCGGGUGUUUGGGCGCAGGACAAAUGGAAGGGCAAAUUCGACGUGGACUGGCUGUUUGUUAAAGACGUGCCCAACAGCCAGCUCAGGCACAUCCGCCUGGAGAACAAUGACAACAAGCCCGUGACCAACUCCCGUGACACGCAGGAGGUGCCUCUGGAGAAGGCCAAGCAGGUGCUGAAGAUCAUCGCCACCUACAAACACACCACCUCUAUCUUCGAUGACUUCUCACACUACGAGAAACGGCAGGAGGAGGAAGAGGUGGUAAGAAAGAACCUAGAGCCUGCUCCUCUCCAGAGCCGAUCCCGACUGGAUCAAGAACGCCAGAACCGAAAUAAACAAUAGAAGGCUGCCCCCUACAGCUGAUGAGCAGUUGUUUUAGGACUGACCAUUUAAAAAUGAAAUUUAAAGAGGACACAAGAUGAAAUUUAAAAAAUAAACAAUCAUUAUGUUUUUCUAUUUAAUUCUGGUGACUUCAGCCAGUGUCAGACUCGAGCCUCUGCGCCUCCUGCUUUACCUGUGGGGGCUGAAGUCGAUUAGCACCUCUCAAUGUCGCGUCAUCAUUUCGAUUUCUUUUUUUCUUUCUCUUUUUUUUUUUUUUUUCUAUCAUUUGGUGUUGUUUUCAUGCACCUCCCUCCCCCCUUUGACCAACUGAUAUCUGUACACACUGUCUAUUAUUUCAUCCUAAAUGUUUGUUUCUCUAGCCCCACUGCUCCUCAUCAUGAGUGGGUAGUGAACUCUGUGACACUUGUAUGUAUGUGUGUGUAUCAGGGAUGGUGGUAGAGUGUAUGUCAGUCAUGUGAUAUGGCAGAAGUGUGUAUGUGUGGGGGUGGGAGGGGAUGUGUUCAGACUCCGUUCUGGUCAGGGGGGAGGGGCAUCUCCAGCAUCAGUAACUGUAACGGGCCAGUUUUACAUUCUGUAGAUCCAGAAUGGUUUAAACCCAUUUGUGGAGAAUCGUGCAACUCCGUAGAAGGGACAAUGAAAUGUCUUGACAUGAGAUGAUGUUAUAAAAAAAAAUUAUAUUUUUGAAUUAUGUAACACUUGACUUUUUUUUUUCUUUCCUUUUUUUUCAGUGACGAGCCACUUAUGUCACGUUUUCUUUUUUCUUCUGUUUUUCCUGCUUGGAGCCUUAACAUUUUAAAGCUACGGAAACCGUUUAAUAAUGGCUGUUCUAUACCUCAAUUGAAACAGCAUUAUCAGGGAGACGACAUCCCAUGCAUCCUUAACCAAGGGAAGUCAACAUUGUCACUGGCUGGACUAAAAAAAAGUAGUAAAACUAAUGUUUUCAUUAUGGUUCAGAGCCCGGUGCUCAGACUCUGUUCCUAUUCAUGCUUAAUGUUUAAAGAGCAGAAAUGUAACUACUUACUGUUCCAACCCCGCCCAGCAGAGGUCGCUGUUUCUUUAAGCCAAUCUGAGAGAUGUAGCAAUUCACUGCUUUAUUAUUUGAAGUCACUUUAGAUGCAUCACCUUUUUUUUUUUUUCCUUGUCCUUUCUUAACAGAUUUCAUUUUAUCGCUUUUUCCUCCCCUAUGUCCUCAGUAUAUUGCUAAGCUUUAACGUAGGAUCAUAUAAUUAUAACAAUAACGAAGAACGCCUCAAAACGUGUAACCUGAAAAUUAAUGUUACUGAUUUACUGUUAAAAGUAAGAAAAAACAAAAAAAGAGUAUAUGGUUUCUGUGCGUGAUUUUUUUAGGACCUGCUUGCUGUUUUGUGUGUUUGUGUGUGGGAGAGCGGACUUGAACCGUGUGAGGGUUUCAGAUUUCUAUAGUCAUAUAACAAAAGAUUCAUGGAAAAUAUAUGAAAUACUAAAAAUAUUAAAAAAGAGUUACAAGACAAACAUUUAAGUCACCCCUGAAAUGAAUAUGCAUUGUAUUGGAAGGUCACUAUCUAUCACGUUCUUAGAUUUGAUCAUGCUCAUUAUUAAAAUAAUAUUAUAUGGUGUAA